AUGGGGGCAGAAGAUUACAGCCUUGGUGUCGAUGGAUCGAACCAAACAGAGAACAAUGCGAAGACACUCGGCAAGGUCGACCCACUUGGAACUAUUUUCUGGGAUCCGGCUUCGGUGCUCCAACUUCCGCGGCCAUUCAACGAGCAACGCCUGUUUUCCCCCAUGGACGCUAGCGGUUCAGUGGAGUCUUUGACUCAAAAUGUGCUCACUUAG